UGGGACCUAGCCACUACCUUAUUUGUCUUGUUUUGGAUUGUGCAGGUUGAGUCUGUACGGUAACUAUCUGGCACUAUUUGUGGACUGCCCGGGGGUGACCGCUCCAGGCAGGGAGAGCUGAACAGUUGAUUGCACUGAGCGCCAGGUUUCUGUGGAUGGUGGAAAUGUCAACAACAUCGGCAAUAUUUGAAUUAAAGAUGGAGAUAAAGGCUCAUUCAAUAUGACGUGUCCCAGGAUAAAUGUGACACAGAUAGCAGAACCUACUUUGUUACUGAUGAUGGUAGACGUCGGAAAAUGGCCAAUUUUUGCACUUUGCCCUCAAGAAGAUCUGAAAUGUAUCCUGAAGGCCUGUGUAUUUGGUGGUGGGAAUGAAGUUUUGUACAUUACCAAAGAUGAUGAGGUUUUUGUAAUAGGCACAAACAGCAGUGGCUGUUUAGGAAGUGGAGAUGGCCAAAGCACUAUUGAACCAAAACGCCUUGAUAUGCUUUGCGGAAAGCAAAUAGUAAAUCUGAGUUAUGGAAGUGGGCCACAUGUUGUGAUUGUUACUUCUGAUGGAGAAGUAUUUAGCUGGGGCCAUAAUGCUUACAGCCAAUUGGGCAAUGGUUCUACAAAUCAAGCAAUGACACCUUGUCAAGUCUCUACUAAUCUAGUAAACAAGAAAGUUGUUAAUGUGGCGUGUGGCUCUCACCACUCCAUGGUAUCUACUUCUGAUGGAGAGGUUUAUGCUUGGGGCUACAACAAUUCUGGACAAGUUGGUUCAGGCUCCACUGCCAAUCAGCCAAUACCUAGGAAAGUAACCAGUUGCUUACAAAACAAGGUAGUAGUUGGAAUUGCUUGUGGACAGAUGUGCUCUAUGGCUGUAGUGGAAAAUGGAGAGGUAUAUGCUUGGGGUUACAAUGGAAACGGGCAGUUGGGAUUAGGGAGCAGUGGCAACCAGCCAACACCAUGUAGAAUAGCAGCUCUACAAGGUAUUCGCGUGGAACAGAUUGUGUGUGGCUAUGCUCAUACAUUGGCAUUAACAGAUGAAGGUGGCAUGUAUGCCUGGGGAGCCAAUUCUUAUGGUCAGCUGGGAACAGGAAAUAAAAGUAACCAGUCAUAUCCUGUGCAAGUUUCUGUGGACAAAGAAAGAGUGGUGGAGAUUGCCGCCUGCCACUCAUCUCAUACAUCUGCUGCUAAAUCCCAGAGUGGUCAGAUUUACAUGUGGGGCCAGUGCCGAGGACAGUCUGUCAUCCAACCACACCUCACCAACUUCACCUGUACAGAUGAUGUGUUUGCCUGCUUUUCUACACCUGCCAUAAUGUGGCGCCUCCUAUCUGUUGAGCCAGAUGACCACUUAACUGUAGCGGAGUCACUGAAAAAGGAAUUUGACAAUCCCAAUACAGCAGACUUAAAGUUUUUAGUGGAUGACAAAUAUAUAUAUGUGCACAAAGUUCUUCUUCAAAUUAGGUGUGAACAUUUCCGUUCAUUCCUACAUGAAAAUGAAGAAGAAACGAUAGAAAUGAAUCAGUUCUCCUACCCAGUGUAUCGAGCCUUCUUGGAAUAUCUAUACACUGAUAACAUCAGUAUUUCCCCUGAGGAUGCAAUUGGGCUUUUGGAAUUGGCAACUAUAUAUAGAGAAAAUAGACUGAAACAGCUUUGUCAGCAAACUAUUAAACAAGGUAUCUGUGAAGAGAAUGCAAUUACACUGAUGUCAGCUGCUGUUAAGUUUGAUGCUCAGAUUUUUGCUCCUAGGAUCUUGAAGACUUUUGCUUCCGAUUUUGUAUAAACCACAUGACUGUAAUCACUCAGACGGAUGCCUUCGCUGAGAUGGACAGUGACCUUCUCAAGAACUUUAUCAACAAAGCAAGCAAAGCUGGGGCGUUUAAAAACUGAAUGUGCCUUGUAAUGUGAUGGUACAUACCCUAUUGCAUCAGCCCUAAUCAUAAACAGAAAAGGACAUAUUGGUGUGUUUGUAGUUUGCUCAUCAACAAUAUAAUACAAUAAACAAACUCUACAAAAUGUAUUGUUCAAAACUAUAUCUUGUUUUAAAGGUAAUUUUUGAAAUGGGGUCUCAGUAGUUAGUAUGUGGAAUCUUCUGCUGUCCUUUUUUUCUAAAUUAUUUUCCUUUUUUUUUUUUUGCAUUGCGUUAUAGUGCAAAAGUACUUGAGAGAUUAUGGAAUAAUUCUGGGUACCAGAGUUUAAAAAAAAAAGUCAUAAUAAAGAAAAAAUAUUGGUAACACAAAUUAUUUUAUUAACUGAUAUUUUGAUUUAUUAGGCAAAGUAUUUCAAACAGGGAUGUCCCAAUGUUUAUCCCCGAGGGCUUAAGAGAGACCAUGUAUUUUAAAAUAAACGUGUGAAUAAAUCUUACCACAUAAUAAAAAAUAUUUGACAAGCCUGAAAGUGUAUGUGUUGUUUAGCCAGACGGUAGAUCAUUUUAAAGAUUUGUAUUUGCACUAGUUUAAUUUAGUUCUUUAAUUGUAAAGCUAGUUUUUGUGUUUUUCAAGCAAGUGAGAAUAAUUAAUAUAAAUUUAAGAAAAUGUAAUUAGUUUUAAACGUAUUAAAGCAUAGAUUGAUAUUUUUUUUUAUUUACUGUUGGAGAGCAGUAUUUCUUGAAUGCACAUCGUGAUCUUAGACACUUUUUAGAACCAGGGAAUAUUAUUUUUUUACUGGAGCAGAAAUAGUGUAGCAGAAUAUACUUGUGUUAAAUUGGAAUGCAUGUUAUAAUAAUAUAAAAAAACAAUUGUGGCCUUGCAAAGUACAAAAGUGCAAAUUAAUACUGUUGCUAUUUGUUGUGAAUAAAUAAUUUCAAAGUAAA